AUGAACGGACAGCCAAAAAUUGAAUUACUUCAAGCCGAAGUCGACUGUGACGGAGACGACCAAAGCUUUUUCCGUCUUCUCAUUGAGGAUCGGUACAUCAAAUACCUCACCAUCGACACCGGCAUUUACAGCACCGAUGAUAUGUGUUUUGGUCCUUCUCUAGCCUCUCUUUUACCAGUGCUCCCUCCAGGAGACUGGAACGAUGGACUCGUAUCCAAGAAUAAAGAAGGCCAACCAUACUUUGCAAGCAUGAAGAUGACCCAAUUUCCUGGUAUUCCAAACAUUUGGCACAAAAACUUCAUCGACUACUCAGAGCUUUCAAUCGGAGAAAAAUUACGGACGGGUAUCUACGAAGUGGAAUACAAAUCACAAAUCCCCAACAGGACCAUUGUCGCCAAGUUCGCUCGCUUUCCUUGGGAGAUCCAGUAUCUGGAAAAUGAGACCAAGGCGUACCAAUGGAUAUCCGGGUUGAAUAUUGGGCCUGGAUUUAUUGGUCAUUUAACGGAAAAUGGCCGGGUUAUUGGGUUCUUAAUGGAGCGGAUAUUUAAUGCAAGGCACGCUACAUGUGGUGCUCAGGAUCUCGAGGCCUGCAAAGAGCACACCAUGGCGCGCGCGGCCGUCCUCCCGCAGUCCCCUGCCAAAUGGGCACGGACGGCGACGAAGUCAACAAUGAACAAGGCUACCAAGACCAAGACCGCCGAACCGAAGAAGCGCGCCCCAGUUAGAUCAACUUCGACAGCCACCCGCGAGGAUAUGGGCUCGGAUACCGAUGAUGAGCUGGGAAUGAUGAUGGAGGAAACCAAGAAGGUUGCCCCGCCCCGAAGCCGUGCGACUGGACGUCCAGUGACCAAGCCGACCGUGCCACGAGGGAGAAAACCGACGACAACACCUGCAAUCAAUAAAUCGCAAGGCGACCGUGAGGCAAUUCAAGAGACUCAAUCUGAAGCCCCUAAGAAGCGCGUCGGACGGCCGAGGAAGAACCAGGAAGCAGAAUCCGCCACCAAGCCUACAGCGACCAGCAAGGCUCGAGGAAGGCCAAAGGUAGAGACCAGCAAAACCAAUCUCGCGACACGGAAAAUUGCUCGAAAUGCAACCGACAAUGACUCCUCUACCGAAUCCGCAGCACCCAAGAAUAUCGUUAUUUCAACCAAUUCGACAAUCGUGCGAUCCAACAUUCUGCGUGGUCCUGCGAAGAAGAAGACAGUUACCUUCCAAAACGUAUCGGAUCAGGAAUCUGAAGGAGAAACAGAGGAAUCAGUGGCACCAGCAGCUGGAGGCAGGAGAGCUGGCAGACAAGGCGGCUUAAGAUCUACUCCUGUGCGAAAACGAAUUGUCACAACUCGUGGAAGCAAGACCACUACAGCGAAGAGCGCGACAAAACCUCUUUCACCUAAGAAGGCUAAACAGGUAGCCAAGUCUCUUUCUGCCUAUGCCAGCUCGGAUGGCGAGGAGGAUGAACUGAGCGGGGCAAUGAACGAAAUGAAGGGGGCUGUGAAACUUGUUGUUCAUUCCCCUACAAAGCAGUCAUCGGACUCUGUGGGUCUGAGCUCACCUGUACGGAGGAUUAAUUUCACUCCGAAAAAGAGUGUUGAUGAGAAUGGCGAACCGAAACUUCCAACACCAAAACACGGAUCUACAGUGACUGGAUUGAGUUCUCCAGUUCGAAAAAUCAACUUCACGCCAAACCGGAGUCAACAGACUGCUGCAGACAAUGGGCAUCUAGCUCUUCCUGCUGGCAAGACCAUUGAUUUCAGUGAUUCUGUUUUUAUGUCUAGUCCUGCUAAGCGCCCUGAGCAAUCAUCCCCAUUCCGAUUUUCAUUCAGGGAUACACCAAAUGGUAGUUCUCUUUUCCGCGAUGAAUUGAACGCCGCCCCAGCUCUUAAUCUCUCUCAUGCGCCAUCCUCGCCUUUGAAGAUGUCUCCUCGGAAGGGUCACUUGGGUGCCUCAUUUUCUCAAUCGCCAUCCAAAGCCGAAGCACCGAUUUUCUCGGCUCGAUCAUCAUUGAUUCAGAGUCCAGCAAAGAGGAUUGCAUCGCCAUUCAAGAAUUCUCUCUUCUCAGCCAAGUCAAUAAAUCAGGCCGCUGCGCCCAUCGAUGAGAGUACAGGAGGGCUUUUUGGUUCUAACUCUCUCAACCGACGGCUGUCAUCCCAUCAAGAAUCAGAAGAGAAUGAAGCUUUGGAUGAAGAUCUCGAGAUGGUAGAGGAAGUUGCCCGUGAUAUCUUUGGCAUUGAGCUGCAAUCUAGCAAAACAUCCACCCCAUCUCCCUCAUCACAGGAGGUCCUUGAAGAUCCCGAACCUGUUGAGACUCGGAUGGAAGAAGCCCACUGUGCUGAUAUUAGUGAGGCGGAAGAAACAGAAGAAACAGAGGAAGAAGAGAUGGAAGAGAGAGAUGUUGACCAGGAGAUUCAGGAUCUAGAGGAGAUUCGACAUGAGCAGGAUGACUUUGGAACAAUCUGUUUCAAUACUAUGGAAGAGCUUCAGAGACCAUUCAAAAACCUUCCUGCUGAAGAGGACAUUGAAUCUGAGAUGGAUUUCGAUGAUGCUGAUUCAAUUGGCCAAGCUGAUGAGAGCGAUCAAGAGGAAGCCGGAGACGAUUUCGCAGUGGAGUCCAUUGAGCCUGCUGAAAUUGAGUCUAUUGAACCUGAGCAUGCUGAGGCUGUUACUGAGCUAGGUUACUCCUCGCCAGCACCUCAAAGUGUUCACUCAUCAGUACAUGUCACCCCUGUCUCAGAGUCGCCCCUCAAUAUGGACCUGCUCGAGGAAUAUGCUGUUCAAGAACCCGAGUCUCCCACUCCCGUGCGGAAUCUACGAAGCACUAUUUUAAUUGGCGAUAUGGAAAUGCGCGAGGAUGAUGAUUUGAGUGAGACCGGAAGCAUUAUUUACCAGCCGUUUGAAGAACAAGAAGCCGAGAUCGAAGAGGAUGAUGUGAUGCAUGAUGUCCCGUCUGCUAUCCCAUCUGACGCUACAUUCACUGCCUUGCCCCAACCUCGCUCACCAGACGAGGUUAACUCCGGUGAAAGUAGCCCACUUCAAAGAAUGGGACCAAUUCCCUCACUCGUGCCGACUCCCCCAGCCGGCAAAGCUACAAUGGCUAUGAUGGAUAGUGCUCAGUCCCACAGCCGUCUCUUCGAUAUCGAAAACACCGAAGAGCGUUUUGGUGCAGUGGAUAGUCCCAUGGAAACCACCCAGACUGACAUUCCCACUCCUACCAUGCGAAGGUUGUCCGGGACACCAGGCACUCGAAACCGGCGAGGAUCCGGCUUCAACGUCAAGCUAGGUUUCACACCACUAGCAAGCCAGUUUGGACACUGGGAAGCCAAUACUCCAACCCGAGAGCGACCACUUCGUCCCCACGAAGGCGAUGUUUCCUACCCUGAUCUCUCACGUACCUCUCUCGCCAACACGCCGCACCUCUUCUGUGAAUUGCCGCUUCACUCUUACAAUGAUGAUACUGCCAUGACUCCAGCAUCUGGGUCAAAAUACAAGUCGGCUCAUAAUGAUCACGACAUGACCAGUUCACCUAGCAGAAGUGAUAUUUUUGAAGACCUGCAGCCAGUUGUCCCUGCUCACCUUCGUGCGAGCUUGCCUCAUCAGCCAACUGCAGACGAGGAAGGGGACUCUUCAUCCGAGGACAAAGAAAAUCUCCCAGCCCCUACCCCCUUGCCAGCCACUCCGAUGAAAGCAGUACCUGAGCACCUACGCACUGUCCACACAGUGUCAAAGGUGCCCUUGAAAGGCGAAGGCGAAACCUCUCCAUUGAAAAUGCCUCGCAAGCGUGGACACUCGGUCUCAAAUACAUCGCCCACCCGCUCGUCUUCCCGUCUCCGCAACUCGAUACUCCUCCCACGUACCGACAGUGCUCCUGCUAUUUCACCUCGAGCAGAUGGUCAAUCUCCUCGCAGCCCCAGUCCCAAACGUCGACGUAGUGCUGCUCGACUAUCCAGUGUUCGAAUGACCUCGAUGCCUCCACCCAAGAGUCCUGCUGUCGCCAGCAGUCCCGGAAAGACUCCGCGUCGUAACCCGAGUCCUAAAAAGCAAGCGCUUCGAGGUGCUGUUGUUUACGUGGAUGUUCACACAACUGAAGGUGAGGAUGCUUCUGGCAUUUUCAUUGAGCUUUUGCAGCAGAUGGGGGCCCGUUGCUUCAAGUCAUGGUCAUGGAAUCCUCGAGCCAGCAUGUCGCCGGUUGACGGCGUGGAUCCCGCGCAUACAAUUGGCAAGGUUGGUAUCACUCAUGUGGUGUAUAAGGAUGGUGGCCUGCGGACUUUAGAGAAAGUCAAGUCUGCUGCUGGGUUGGUGAAAUGUGUCGGUGUCGGCUGGGUACUUGAUUGCGAGCGAGAGAACAAAUGGCUCGACGAGGCCCCAUACGUGAUCGACAGCUCUAUCAUUCCCCGAGGUGGCGCUAAACGUCGUAAGAGCAUGGAGCCUCGCGCUCUGAGCAAUAUCAACGGCACUCUGAAGCGUAUUGCCGAACCUUCUACACCAUCUGCCAGUGGACGUCGCUGCGGCGCUGAUCGGAAUGCCAUCGAGGGGUUCCGCAAGAUCACGCCCCCAACUCCUCUCGGCGCCUCGCCAUCUACACCCAGAGGACAAACCUCCACCGAUCGCUACCAGAUUCCCCAGACUCCUGGUUACAACUUUGCCAACCUCGAUGCCAUCGGCAUGUCUCCCGCUACGCCUUAUUUCCUCUCCAACCGUACCCAACUAGUCCAGCAAUCUUGCCCCCCCAAAGCAGAGCGGACGCGGCUUGUUCUCUGGCGAGAAGAAGCCAACAUUGAGCUUCGCUGA